UCCGAGAAGAGGUACGGAAUAAGAAAAAUUAUUUUGCAAAUCUGGAUGCAUCUGAGAAACAAUCAUACCGAUUUAAUCUAUAUUUGAAGGAUAAUACGCGGAAAACUAUAGCGCGUAUUCCUAGUGAAACAGUUUCGUACUUUGAGCAAAAUGGGACGGUAUUCUCGCGAGCCUGAUAAUGCGACCAAGUCGUGCAAAGCACGGGGAUCAAACCUACGAGUGCAUUUUAAGAACACUCAUGAAACCGCUCGUGCUAUCAAAGGUAUGGCACUCCGUCGUGCCCAGAGGUAUUUGAAGAGUGUCAUUGAACACAAGGAGUGCGUACCAUUCCGCAGAUUCAACGGCGGUGUUGGCCGGUGUGCACAGGCCAAGCAGUUUGGUACUACCCAAGGUCGUUGGCCAAAGAAGUCCGCUGAAUUCUUAUUGCAACUUCUUAAGAACGCCGAAAGCAACGCCGACUACAAAGGUGUAGACGUAGACCGUCUAGUAGUUGAUCACAUUCAAGUGAACCGUGCCCCGUGCCUGCGUAGGAGAACUUACAGAGCACACGGUCGCAUCAAUCCAUACAUGAGCUCUCCUUGUCACAUCGAGGUGGUGCUAACGGAGAAAGAAGAUGUGGUUGCAAAAGCAGCGGAAGAAGAACCCUCCAAGAAAAAAUUAAGCAAGAAGAAGCUCGCAAGACAAAAAGAGAAGAUGAUGAGAGAAUAAGUAAAGUAGGAUUACUGACAAUACAAGACGAGAUCAAAUGUACAUUGCCUUUGGCAGUAUAAAACCUUACUUUGCUCUCAA